AUGACAGCAAAACAACCAGCCAGCGCCGAGGCCUCUGCCGAUGUCUACGAAGAGUACAUCCAUGGAGUCCUCCGAGAGCAAUAUGGUCGAGAGGUCGUCGAGAUAACGCCUCUUCGACACCACAAUGCUCGAGUUUACGAGCUUCAUAUCAAUCCCGGGACACAAGACACCGCGGCCGUGCCAAAGAAGCCCGGCGUGGCCCCUCUGCCUGCGCAGACCACGAGGCUCAUCAUGCGCUUCUCCGACCCAGCAUCGAUGCUGAACGAGGAAGUCAGGGUUCAGAACGAGGUGGCAAUCAUGUCGCUCAUGCGCGAGGCCCUGGGCCCGGCCGACCCCUCGCUCGUUCCUGAAGUCUACGGUUGGGAGCCGUUCUCGAAGGGGAAGGGAUGGACUCUGAUCGAGUUCAAACAGGGCGUGCCGCUCGCUGGCAAGUUUGCCGGGAUGGACCCGGACGUGAAGCGCGAGGUGCUCGCACAGGUUGCCGAGGUGUUCAAGCACAUCCAGUCGUUCAAGCUGCCGGACUCCGUCAAGACCUACGGCGGCCUCAACUUCUCUGACGGGGGCGGGCUCGUCGGCGGCCCGACGCCCAUUGCGGGCGGUGGUCCUUGCAACUCGCUCUCUGACCUCUACGCAGAGUACUUCCAGACGCAGAUUGCCUUCGCCGACAAGUGUGACGUUGUCCGAGGGUGGAAGGACUCUGAGCUGCGAGCCAGACUGGAGAGAUUCGGCAAAGAGGGGCUGAAGUCGCUUGUUGCACGGGUUGAUGCGCGACUAACGCUGGUGCAUGGAGACCUUGACGGCCACAACAUCUUGUUCGACGAGGGGACCAACAAGUUGACGGCGUUGCUGGACUACGACUUCGGCCACGUCGGCUCCCAGGCCGAUGAGUACUUCUACUCGUUCCCCAGCAUACACGGUCUUCUGAUCCCGCCCUUUCUCGACGACCCAGAGGAGGUCCAUCUCCGGCAAUGCCUCCUCGACGGGUUUGGCCCGGAGGACGCCGAGCGGACGUGCGCGUCGAUCGCCUGGGCGACGGCCGUCGCGAGAGACGACGAGUUCGCCAAGGCGGGCGUCGAGAGGCCCGCCGACAUCGGGGGCAUCGACGCGCUGUCGGCCGUGUUUUGGUUCAUACAGAACAUCAGCCCGCCCAUGUUCUUUUUGGAGCGGUGGAGGUCCAGAGCGACGCCGGAUCGGGUCGAGGCGGUGAAGAGGGAAGCGAGGGACAACUUGGAGAGGAACCUCGACGCGUGGGGGGUUUAG